UUACACCAGAACGACCUGCAGGGCUUCUUCUUCGACCUGGUGGGAAAACAGGCCUUCGACAUCAUCAUCAUGGUGCUGAUCCUCCUCAACAUGAUCACCAUGAUGGUGGAGACCGAUGAGCAGUCGCCUCAGAUGGAGAAGAUCCUCUACCAUGUCAACCUGGCCUUCAUCGUCAUCUUCACCACCGAGUGCAGCAUCAAGAUCAUGGCGCUGCGCUGCUACUUCUUCACCGUCGGCUGGAACAUCUUCGACUUCGUGGUCGUCAUCCUGUCCAUCGUCGGGAUCGUCUUGGCUGACAUCAUCGAAAAGUACUUUGUGUCGCCCACCUUGUUCCGAGUUAUCCGGCUGGCCCGCAUUGGACGAAUCCUGCGCCUCAUCAGAGGAGCGAAGGGCAUUCGGACGUUGCUGUUUGCCCUGAUGAUGUCACUUCCUGCCCUCUUCAACAUUGGGCUGCUCCUCUUCCUCGUCAUGUUCAUCUACGCCAUCUUCGGCAUGGCUAACUUUGCCUACGUAAAGCGGCAGGGCGGGAUUGACGACAUGUUUAACUUUGAGACGUUCGGGAACAGCAUGCUCUGUUUGUUCCAGAUCACCACCUCCGCAGGUUGGGACAGCCUGCUCAGCCCCAUCCUCAACAACUCCCCCGAGGAGUGUGACCCCCACCUCCCCCACACCGGCACCACCGUCAAGGGGAACUGUGGCAACCCGUCGGUGGGCAUCACCUUCUUCGUCACCUACAUCAUCAUCUCCUUCCUCAUUGUGGUCAACAUGUACAUCGCCAUCAUUCUGGAGAACUUCAGCGUGGCCACGGAGGAAAGCACCGAGCCGCUGAGCGAGGACGACUUCGAGAUGUUCUACGAGGUUUGGGAGAAGUUCGACCCGGAAGCCACGCAGUUCAUAGAGUACUCCAAGCUGUCGGACUUUGCGGACUCUCUUCUGGAGCCUCUUCGUAUCUCCAAGCCAAACAAGAUCAAGCUGAUCUCCAUGGACCUGCCCAUGGUCAGUGGUGACAAGAUCCACUGCCUUGACAUCCUCUUUGCCUUCACCAAGCGGGUCCUUGGCGAGUCGGGAGAGAUGGACGCCCUCAAGCAGCAGAUGGAAGAGAAGUUCAUGAUUUCCAACCCGUCCAAGAUUUCCUACGAGCCAAUCACAACAACUCUGAGGCGCAAGCAGGAGGAAGUGUCCGCCACCAUCAUCCAGAGGUGUUAUCGCCGCCACCUGGUGAGGCGCCAGAUGAAGGCUGCCUCUUACCUGUACCGUCAGAUCACCACACCCCGACACGACCCCAGCGAAGGCGAGGAAGGAGGCGAGGCCGCGUUAAUGGAGGAAGCACCUGAGAAAGAAGGGUUGAUCGCCACCAUGAUGAAAGAAAACUACGGCUCCAGCAUGUUAGCGACGGAGCGCUCCGAGACCGUUUCCUCCACCUCAUCGCCGCCGUCCUACGACAGCGUGACGCGAGCCGUGUCCGAACACCUCCAUCCGCUCGCCGCCAACGCAGAAACGGCCGACGAAAUGGCACACAGCGAAGUCAGAGAAAAAUCGCUGGCCGAACCCGACGGAGAGAUGGAAACGGAACCUUAGCAGGAAGUUUCGACAAGUUCUGUUGUUCACUGAAUGUACCGUAGCUGAGGAACGUUCUCCCCGCAAAGCUAGAGGAACGUAGGAGCUGAAGAAGGAGGCGCAAAGGAAUAUUCACUACCUUUAAUCUUGGUCCACAGUCCCCGCUGGAGAUUCUCGUUCAAAUCAAACAUUUUGAGGGUUUUCUUAAAGGAAACAACUCCAAGCUGUGGUUCUGCUGUGUUGGACUGAGACCAGAGUUGUGGUCCAGUCAGAGCGAUGGUGUAUUGGCCUGGUGAGGGGCGGCUCUACCCUCCGGCAGUUCUACGCUGUUAGUCGGAGGAAUGACAGGUUUCCUGUCUUCGUUUCCUGACAAGUUAACGGUUUUCUGGCUGAGAACUGAGGAAGAAGAGCAACGCUAUUUAAACAAAAAGACCUUUUUUCGUAGUAAAAGUAUAAUAUUGUUGAUGUUACAAGUCUUUUAAUAUCGGUACAAUUAUUACUAUUUUUUAUAUUUUUUUAGAGUAAGUUAAGAACUAAGCCUUUGAAGUGACGCUCGCUGUAAUGAAGUCACCGAAGUACCGUCUAGUUGAGGAGAAAGUUACGUCACCUCAAAAACCUAAAUCUCCAUCUUGUUUUCUUUCUUUUGGGCGUUUUUUGCACUUUUGAGUUUACAUUUUUGCCGUCACUUUACUGCGCCUUUGAUAAAGAGAGGAGUUUGUUUCUUUUUUUUCUUUCCUGCUCUGACACCAAAAACUGAUAUGAAUGCACAAAGAAAUGUCCCGAACUCCAUCGUGGGCUCAAUGACGGUUCGGUGAUUCGUCAGAAAUAAACGGUACAUUUCAGUUUACCUGGUGCUUUUACUGCUCUGCCACUGGAUUAAAAAUCCAGGCUAGACUUCAUGGAUCAAACUGGACAAUAUUUUAUUAGAUAUUCUGAUUGCUUAAACUCAACAGUUUCUAUAUUAAGGGUAAAAGGAAUUUAAUCUAAUAUUUUACAGACUUUUCUACAAAUCGCCAGCCGUCAUUGAGCAGCUGGCCGAUGAGUUUGGCUCGAUGCUUAAAACAACUUUAUCCGCCUUUUUGAAGCCAAACGUGAUCGGGAACAUGGAGGCGUCAGCCGGUUCUGACCCCAAUGAGACAAUCAGCUCAGGAUUUUCCUGCAUUCAGUUUGACGAGCAGCUGGAUGUUGAUCCUCAUAGUUGGAGCUGUCAGUAGUGUCCUGGAAAAACCUGGGUGAGCUGGAAUAAGAGCACAGAGGGAGAUGGUUCUGAUUCAGAGUUCCUCAAUUCUUGAUUUCUCUUUGGGUCAGGUUUCUAUUUCUUUGAAUAAUAUAAAUGCAUUUUACCAAUUUUAUGCUAGAUUUUAGUACCAAGCAACAAUUAUUUGGGGAUUUUCCUUUUCUACCCAAGAUUGAAACAAAAUGACUUUGUCUUUGCACAAAUAUCUGAAUCUAGAAUAGGUUUUCACAAGAUUUUCUACCUGACUGAGAACCAGACUGUUCUCUGGAAGAGAUGAAACCAACAUGAACUAGACCAGUGUUUCCAGUUGGUCAGUAGUAGCCAUUCAAAAUGUCCCUACUUUCCUUGACUAGUCCUUGGCUGGUCCCCUACAAUUCCUUAUUAAGCGUCUAAAAUAUUGUUUCUGUCAUGAUUUGUGGACAUUAAGAUCUAAAGAGAAGCGCCAUCUCCUGGUCAGACCCUGUAAUUGAGUGAAAGGGUGGAGUCAGAGUAAGAAAAUAUGCACGUCCAGGAGAAGUUGGAAUGAAUCUACUGCCUUUUGGGUGGCUUUUGACUGGGGAAGGCCAUUUUGAAUGGCUACUACGGUAAAGACCUUCGUUUCUGGUCAGUUUUUUCUUAACUUUAGAGCUCUUGUAGAUUCCCUUCAGACGGAGCCGCGUUUAUCAGGGAAGCACUUUGUUUACAGGAUUAAACAGCAGAGUUUAGCUCCACCCUGGAGUCGUUGAUAUGGGCGUUUGACAUUGGCAGAGAGGGUUUGGUGUUCAUGGCCAGAACCCACAUACCCAACAAAGAUGUUCCUGACCAAUGUGGCUCCAUUUCAAGGGAAAUAAACAGGACCUCCAGUGGCAUCAGAUUUACUAAAGCUGCGUUCAUACCGAAGGUGUUGGGGAUGUCAAAACGCUUAAAGGCAGAAAUCUGGACUCUGGAUCAAUCUGUGGUCCAUCUGCUUUGCUGUUCUGGUUGUUUAUCUGCUCUGUUCUAUAGCUUUAAACCAGAGAGCAGUUCGGCUUUAUUUACUUUAUGAGCUGGAAGAAUAGUUUUAACACGUUUUUAAGUGAGAAAGUCCACCUCCAAACAUCCUCUGUUCAUCAGCUCAUCAGGAUUAUAAUCCCAUUAUAAUCUGCAGUUCUUGUUGGGAGCUCCAGACCUCCAGCAUACCGCCAGGCACGAUCCGUCCUGCGCGGAAAGAUAUACAUCCAGGUUUCCAUAAAUAAUGUAAUUAUGGUACUAAAAUCAGGAACACAGGGAUAAAACAGGAAGGAUUUAAAGGCAUUUAUUUUUUCAGGAAAUACAUUAUUAACUUUUAACACUAGAACGUUUACAAUUUUUGGGGAGGGAAAAACAUCAUUUAGGUCUUUUUAACUAAAUCAAAUUGAGGGGCCUGGAUGUACAUCUGGAUUCGCAAAUGAGCUGAUGGUGCGCGAGCGAAACUGAUCGCGCUUCCAGGACGGAUUGGUUAGCGACAGGCUGGAAGUGAAUAGAAAGAGUUUUUAAGGUUUAUUGUAAAACCUGCAACAACCAGAAUAUACAGCAUAUAUAGUCCAUCAACAGGUUUGAACAUUUCUAGUUAAUUUGGGUAUUUAUAAACUGUUUCUCCAUCGUUCAUAAAUGUUUUAGUGCAGCAAUAAUGAUCAGAGCUGCUCUCUGUUCCUUCUACAUAACAAUCCAUUCUACCUGCUUGAUUUGAACCCUUGGAGUUUAACUCCUUGAUAUUUAUUUAUUGUUCAUAUGCAGAAGCGAUGACAGCUUGCAGCAGAUAGCUGGUCAGACGCUCCAAUGCCUGAUCCGAUGUGUCCCCCAUAGACUUUGCAUGUACAGUAGUAGCCAUUGAAAACUUCCCCACUUUCCUUGAAGGAUCUGUUUGGUACUCAGUCGUUCACUGAUACGAAGGUACAGUAGUAGCCAUUCCUUGG